CGGACGCCACUAACGUUGGUCACUCAAAAUAUGUAGAAGUUUGCAGGUCCUGACGUAAAUAUAACCUCAAACUGUCGUAAAUGACAAAAAACCCAACAGACUAACAGAGAGAAAUUUUUAUAUAAAAGAAUCAGAGAGAAAAAAAUGAAAUAUUCAACUUCGCCACCGACGAGUCGAUGUCAUUCGCCUGCACCGACAGAAUUCUCAUCCUCAUUGCCAAUGCCAAUUGUCUACAGGCACAACUGUAUGGGUGCUGCAACAAAAUGUUACAAAUAUCUAAGAAAAUUGCUCAAAUUUGAACAAAUGGAUUUUGAGUUUGCUCUUUGGCAAAUAAUUUACCUAUUUGUAGCUCCACAAAAAGUUUAUAGAAAUUUCAAAAACAGAAAACAAACAAAGUCACAAUUUGCGAGAGAUGAUCCUGCAUUUUUUGUGUUGCUUACAUUCUGUUAUUCAAUGUCAUCUAUCGGCCUAGCUGUUGUGUUGGGUUUAGAAUACUUCCAAUAUGUAAAAUUAUUGUUUUACCUGAUGUUUAUCGAAUACUUGUUUGCUGGAAUAUUAAUAGCAACAAUAUUUUGGUUUAUAACUAAUCGAUAUCUAAGAAUAGACCAUACACAAGAUGUCGAAUGGGGCUAUGCUCUCGAUAUCCAUAUGAAUGCGGUAUUCCCUCCUUUAAUUAUACUUCAUAUUUUCCAGUUAUUUUUAUACCAUGCUUUGAUAAGUGGCGAUACAUUCUCGGCGCGAUUCAUUGGGAAUACUCUUUGGCUUAUAGCUAUUAUAUAUUAUAUUUAUAUCACCUUUCUCGGCUAUGCGAGUGUAGAAAUACUUCAUAAAACGCAUCUGAUAUUAUCCACUUUGCCGAUAAUUUUGCUAACGUAUAUUACUACAUUAUGCGCUGGUAUCAACGUCAGUUACUUGGUUAUGGAAUUUUAUUUUUAUCAGGCUGUAUAAAAAAGAAUACAAUGUAUCCUAUCUCCAUUGAAUUGUUCUGCAUUGGAAUAACAACUUGGCUCCGCUUACACAAAUACGGCAAUUGUUACAUACCAUAUUUCAAGUCGUUAUAACAGCAUUUUAUGUACUUCAUUAUAAUGCUGUCCGUAGUCACUAGAUUUUUGUUAUUGAGUGUCGAAGAGCGACGAUUAUUAUAUCGAUGAGGUCAAAAAUAAAAAUUUAAU